AUGAAAUUAAUGCUUUUUUUAAUAAUAUUAACUUUAACUAAUAGUUUGCUAGUUAAAGGUUAUGGAGAAACUGAUAAAGAUGGCUAUCCAAAUCAUUUCGAACGUGAAUCAAUAAAUCUUUUAAAUUAUGUAAGAAUGUUCCCAAUUCAAUAUAUGUAUACCUUUAUGAAAGAAUAUGGCAAUUUAAACUAUAUGUUUACUCAAUAUAAACAAACCUUUCCAGUAUACUAUGAUACCUCAGUUAGUCAUGGGGCAAGAUUCCAUUCAUAUGAUAUGGCUUCUAAAAACUAUUUUGCUCAUAACGAUAGAUCUGGUUCUUUUGGUGAUCGUGUAAAAAGAUUUGUAUCAAAUAUAAGAUAUUAUGGUGAAAAUAUUGCAGCUGGUAAACAAACUGGUAUUGAAACUAAUAACCAAUUAAUUUGCGAUUCAAGAAACCAAGAUAGAUACUGUUCAGCUGAUGGUAGUGGUAAUGAUGGUCAUCGUAAAAAUAUAAUGGAUCCACAAUUUAAAGUAGCAGGUGUAGGUUACUACUAUACAUAUUCAUCUUCAUAUAAAAACUAUUGGACCCAAGAUUUUGCAGGCGAAACAAGUGGUAUCCCAAAUACCCCAAUUUACUCUGGUUACCAUACAUUCUACCAAUCAGAAAAUCCAAUUUUUAUUUUAAGCUAUUAUAGUAACGAUUUAUCAACUAAAGAAAUAAAUAUUGUAUUUGUUGAGGAUUCAAAUGAAAAUGUAGAAAUAAUGGAUAGAAAUUAUGGAAACGAUAAUUUUGGAAUUUACACUCAUAUUCCUUCUUUCUAUACCCCAUGUGGUAAAUACUAUUUCACAACAACUACAAACAAUAAUUCAACUUUUAGAUACCCAGAUACAGGAUAUUUACAAAUUAGUAAAGAUAUAACAUCAUGUAACUCUUGGACUGCUAAUUGA